CUGUGAAAAAAUAUAUGAGAGAAAGAAGCGAAAUAGAUUGUUGAGGUCCGUCUCAUUCUCUUCCUCCUCCUCCUUGCAUUUCUCCGUUUCUUCCUUCUCUUCCUCGGGUUUCUGCGUCUCCUCCUCCUCUACCUCCUCCUCCUCGUCUCCUUUCUCUUCUUUCUCCUCCUCUUCAUCUUCUCUCUCAGUCUCCUCUUCCUCAUUUUAGCUUCAGAAUGUUUACUAUUAUGUUAGGAAAGGUAAAAAAAUAAUACCUGUUUGUUAUGAAAAUAAAAAUGAAGCUUUUUUUCUCUUUCUCCUUUUCCUUGCCUUUCUCCGUUUCCUCCUUCUUUUCCUCGGGUUUCUGCGUCUCCUCCUCCUCUUCCUCCUCCUCCUCGUCUUCUUUCUCUUCUUUCUCCUCCUCUUCAUCGUCUCUCAGAAAUUGACCUCUCUUUCGGCCACCUCUUUUGAUUCUUUUUUUCUAGGAGCAGCGAGUGGCGGGCUUUUCUUUAUUAGUUUCUUUUUUUGUGCCCUUGAGCUGUCUCCUUUGUUGUAGAAAAAAAAAUUGCUCCAGCAUGUUUACUAUUGUGUUAGGAAAGGUAUAAAAAUAAUACUGUGUUUGUUAUGAAAGUAAAAACCAAACCGAAACAAUGAAACUGUAAAACGUCGGAAAGUUAAAGGCAAAACGUCCCCGGUGCGUGCUGAUAGCCAACACAAUCUAUAAUCAAGGGCUUACGCGGAUCAACUUUAUUACGCCAGGGAGGAAGUUUGUUGCACCGUCGCAGAUAAGGCUAAGUAAGGCUGAGAGCGUUUAGGAGUGCGGGGAACCUAGUGGAAUUGAGCUUAGUUGGCGCGUUCUUGUGAUGUAAGUGUUGAAAUUAGACGCUGGUUGAUUCACAUUCGUCACUCUUUUUAUUUUUACAGGAGAGGAAACAGACAGGAAAUGAGAGUUUAGAGUGAGUUUUCCUAGUUCGCAGGUUGAUUCACAUUCGUCACUUUUUUAUUAUUACAGGAGAGGAAAUAGCUAGGAAAUGAGAGUUUAGGGUGAGUUUUCCUAGUUCGCAGGUUGAUUCACAUUCGUCACUUUUUUAUUUUUACAGGAGAGGAAACAGAUAGGAAAUGACAGUUUAGGGUGAGUUUUCCUAAUUCGCAGGUUGAUUCACACUUGUCACUUUUUUAUUUUUACAGGAGAGGAAACAGAUAGGAAAUGACAGUUUAGGGUGAGUUUUCCUAAUUCGCAGGGUGAUUCACACUUGUCACCUUAUUUUACAGUAGAGGGGGAAGGUAAGAAAUGACAGUUUAGGGUGACUUUUCCUAAUUCGCAGGCUGAUUCACACUUGUCACCUUAUUUUACAGUAGAAAAGACAACGAGGAAAUAACAGUUUAGGGUGACUAUUCGUAAUUCGCAGGUUGAUUCACGCUUCUCACCUUAAUUUACACCUUAGAACUCAACUAGGAAAUGACUGAAUGACUCUUCGUAAAGUUCUAUCUUGCUCUCAUCGAUAUUCGUUAAGGUAAAUUCGAGCUUUUAAUCUGCAAUAUAGUCGUUUUUCAUGUGUUAAGUAAUCCCAGAGUAGCUAAUUCCAAUGCUCCAGAACGCGAUAUACCAAAACUGUCUCUCUAGAAAGCUUAAUCAUGAUAUUUCUUUACCUUUCUGCCAUCGAUGCUUAUGUGAACUAAUGUGAGUUUUGAGUCUGCCUUAUAAUCGUUUUCUUUCGAUGGUUCAUCCACGGGGAGCUUAUUCCAGUGAAGCAGAAAACGGAAAAAGGAGGAGAAGGAGGAGGAGGAUUAAGUGGGUGGGGCAGAGUGUGAGGUUGCGUUUUCGUGUUUUUUUUUAUUCUUUCUUAACAUAUUUUUUUCAUUCUUCCUUCCUUUCUGCUUUAUCUCGUCUCUUUUUCUCUUCUUUUCUUCCUUUUCUAUUCCUCUGUGUGUGUGCCUAAAUUUCACCGCCUCUUAUGUGCUGAAUUUAGUUGUCAUCGAUGAGGUUGAGUCGCCACUGUUCUGAGGUCCCUAUUCUUAAACAUAUCGGGCUCCCAGCGUACAUAAUUGACAAGGGUUUCGGAGAGGUUUGGGGCAUUUCCAGGGAUAGCUUAAUAACCGUGGUGGUAGUCUGACCUUCCUUCUGUACCAUGAAUGUAAAAAAUGAUCAUAAGACCCCGAUUAGUCUCCUUUUUCUGCCUGGGAUAGUUAAAUGAUCGUUGUUGUAGUAAAAAAGUCAUAAAACCACGAUUAGUCUCCUUUUUCGGCCUGGGAUAGCUGAAUGACCGCUGUGGUAGUUUAACCCUUCUUCUGUACCAUGAACGUAAAAUACACUCAUAAAACCCCGAUUAAUCUCCUUUUUCGGUCUUAGGAAAUAGUUGACGUGGGAGGCGGAAGCGUCUAAACAUAUCGGUCAGAGUUGCAAACACAGCCCUGACGACCCAAGAGAAUGUCUCCUCGGUGUCUUCUUUUCCGGGGAAGAAGAAAACCGGGAAGCCUAAACAGAUCUUUCCUCGUAAUGGUUCCUUUUAAUGAAUGAGUGGGAUUAAUUUUCAGAAGGAAGGCUAGCUCUAUAUGCACUGACCCCCCCCCCCCUCUCUCUCUCUCUCUCUCUCUCUCUCUCUCUCUCUCUCUCUCUCUCUCUCCUUGGCGUCUCUCCAACUCGUGUCUCUCUUGGCGAUGAGGUAACAGACUAGACAGAGAAGGAGGAGGAGGAGGAGGAGGAGGAGGAGGAGGAGAAGAAGCAAGAGGAGGAGGAGGAAGAAGAAGUGGGUAGGGCAAAGUAUGAGGUUGCAACGAUGGGCGAAAAAAAUGUGCGUGUGUGUGUGUGUGUGUGUGUGUGUGUGUGUGUGUGAAGGGAUUUUAAUAUCAUAGGAGUGGGAAGGCAGCGGGGGUCGAACUGAGGUCACUUAAAGGGUAGGAAGGGAUGGCUGUAAGGUCAUUUUUUGGUAUGGUUUUUUUUUUACGAAAUGGAGAUGAACUUUCUUUUUUCCUUCUUUUUUUUUCUUUUUUUUUCUGUUUCUCCUUCCUUCAUGGUUUAUUUUUUUCUCUUCCUCUUUUUUCCUUUAUUUUCUACUCUUUUUAGCAAUUUAUUUCCUAUUCUUCCUUUCCUUCUGCUUAAUCUCUUCUCUUUUUCUCUCCUUUUCUUCUUUUGUCCACUCCUCUUUAGCGGUUUUAUCCUUCUCCUUCCUUCCUGAUGUACCUCUUUUUUUUCUUUUCCUCUUCUUUCCUUCUUUUCUUCUCUCAUUUCUAUCUUUCUUUAUAUUUUCCUUCCUUCUCUCGUCUUCUCAUUCCCUUUUCCUCCUUUUCUUUCUUUUCCUCUUCUUUCCCUCUUUUCUUCUCUCAUUUCUAUCUUUCUUUAUAUUUUCCUUCCUUCUCUCGUCUUCUCAUUCCCUUUUCCUCCUUUUCUUCUUUUUCUUUUCCUCCUUCUCCCCUGCUUUAUCUUUUCCUGUUCCUCUUCUUUUCUUCGUUUUCUAUUAUUGUUUUUACUCUUCUUUGUCUUCCUCUCUUCCUUCACUGGUCUUCCCAUUCCUUGUCUUCCUUUUCUUCUUUUUCUUUUCCUCCUUCUUCUCUUUUUUCUUUUCUUUUCUUCCUUUUCUUCAACUGUUCUCGCUCUUUUUUUGUUUUCUUCCUUUGUCUUCACUCUUCUUCCCAUUCCCUAUGCCUCCCUCUUUUCUUCAUUUUAUUUUCCUCCUCUUCUCUUUUCCUCUUCUUGCCUUCCUUUUUUGGUUUUAGUUUUGGUCUUUUUUUUUGUUUUCCUCCCUUCCUUCACUCUUUUCCUAUUCCUUCUUCCUCCUCCGUUUUGUCUACUCUUUUUUCAGCUUUUUUUCCUCUUUCCUUCCUGCUCUAUCUCUUCUCUCUUCCUUUUCUUUCCCUCCUUUUCUACUAUUGCUUUUGCUCAUUUUUUAUUUUCCUCCUUGCCCUCACCAUAUUUCCCUUCCUAUCACCCUUUCACCCCUUCACCCUUCACCCAUACCACAUACAUCACCCCACCCAUUACAUCCCAGCUUACCUCUCUUCCCUUCACCCCUUCAUCACUUCUCUCCCUUCAUCCCUAUACAACAUACAUCACCCCAGUCAAAACAUCCAAUCAUAUCUCCCUUCACCCCUUCACCCCUUCAGACACCUCAUUCUCCUCCUAACUCCUAACUUAACCUUCCUGUUCUCCUUCCCUUCCUCUCUUCCUUCCUCCCUCAUUAAUUCAUAAACCUCCUCCUCCUCAUCAUCAUCAUCUCUCAACAUUCCUUCCCGACCAAUCUCCUCGCCUCCAAUCUCCACCUGUGUUAACUUAAGUGGUAAACAAUUAGGGUGCUCUUACCUGACUAAAGCCUCGUUUC